AGUGGUACAAAGUUUGCUCUACUUUCUUUCUGUCUAUUUUCCAGUUUAAUACUCUUAAUGGGUCUGUAAAAGUUUGGAGUUUUACAUGUUAAUCAGUAUUAAUUAUUCUUUCUUUAGUCAAAAAGAAUUAGGGAAUAUUGGUAGUAACAAGCUGAUGGGUAAGGGUGACGGUGCGGGAGAAGCUUUUAUGCAGAGAAGCUUUUCCUUUACGUGGUUGAAGAAAAGAAAAGAAAAAAACAGAGUAGACCCACACUAACAAAUUUAAUUAAUUAAAAUAUAGUUUUAAAAAUUCUAAAGCAAUGCAUGUAAGAUAGAUUCUUUUGGGUUACAGAGAGGUAUUUUGGUUUCUUUCUUACUUUGGGAGGCUCUCUCUCGUUUUGCUUUUCUUUGCCUCUUCAUUCACAAUCGCUUUUGUGUUACUUCCUCUCCAAGUGGCUCCUUCUUUUCUUUCUCUAGAACAAAGUCCAUUAAGCUACAAUUUUUACACCUCUGCGAGAGCUGUUCAUUGUGUUAGGUUGCAUUUUAAAGUGUAGAAUCUUGAGUUUUUCACUGCAAUAUCAGCCUUUUGAUUCUGCUUCUUCGCUCUCUGCUUGUUUUCUCUUUCUGCUCUGUUUGUUUAUCAGUCUUAUCACUUGAUACGCCUUUGAGCUGGUUUUCUGGGUAUUUGUCUGAAGGGGUGGCGGUUUUCUCUUUAAUUCUUUUCUUUUGCGAAUUGUGAUUUUGGCUGUUGUUCGUUGCUGGGGUGUCUUGAGAGAUUUGGGAUCCGAAUUUUGUAUUGAGAUUUGGGUUUUCUAGUGUGCAAGGACUACAUAUAAUUUUAGAAGGAAUUUCUGUGCGUAAGAGAGACAGAGAGAGAAAAUGGCAGGAGGUGGAGGAGGAGGGGCCGCGCCGCCGCCAAAACAGGAAGAGUUGCAGCCACAUCCAGCGAAGGAUCAACUGCCUAAUAUUGCUUACUGCAUUACUAGUCCUCCUCCCUGGCCUGAGGCAAUUCUUCUUGGUUUCCAACACUACUUGGUGAUGCUCGGAACAACUGUGCUUAUACCGACUACUCUAGUUCCCCAAAUGGGAGGAGGAAAUGAAGAAAAGGCGAAGAUGAUUCAAACUUUGCUAUUUGUGGCUGGAUUGAACACAUUGUUUCAAACAAUGUUUGGUACUCGCCUACCUGCAGUAAUAGGCGGCUCUUAUACCUAUUUGCCAACAACCAUUUCAAUUGUUUUGGCUGGUCGUUACAGUGACAUUUUGAAUCCCCAGGAGAAAUUUGAGAAGAUAAUGCGUGGAAUUCAAGGUGCUCUAAUUGUUGCCUCAACUUUACAGAUUGUGGUUGGCUUCAGUGGUCUUUGGCGUAAUGUUGCAAGGUUCUUGAGUCCAUUAUCUGCGGUUCCUUUAGUUGCUUUAUCUGGCUUUGGGCUCUAUGAAUUUGGUUUUCCUCUGCUUGCAAAGUGUGUGGAGAUAGGAUUGCCACAGAUCAUCCUCCUGGUUAUUUUCUCACAGUAUCUACCUCAUUUGAUACAGGGAGAGAGGGCUGUGUUUCAUCGCUUUGCUGUAAUAUUCUCAGUGGUUAUUGUCUGGAUUUAUGCUCAUCUCCUCACUGUUGGUGGAGCAUAUAAGAAUUCAGGACCAAAAACUCAAACAAGUUGCCGAACAGAUCGAGCAGGGAUUAUAGGUGCUGCUCCAUGGAUAAGAGUUCCAUAUCCUUUCCAAUGGGGAGCUCCCACUUUUGAUGCUGGAGAGGCCUUUGCAAUGAUGGCUGCUUCAUUUGUUGCUCUUGUAGAGUCCACUGGUGCUUUCAUUGCUGUGUCGAGGUAUGCAAGUGCCACUCCAUUGCCACCUUCUAUACUUAGCCGUGGUGUUGGUUGGCAGGGAGUUGGAAUUCUCUUCUCUGGGAUAUUUGGAACUGGAAGUGGAUCAUCAGUAUCUAUAGAAAAUGCUGGUUUGUUGGCACUGACACGUGUUGGCAGUCGAAGGGUUGUUCAAAUAUCAGCAGGGUUCAUGAUUUUCUUUUCCAUUCUUGGGAAAUUUGGUGCCGUUUUUGCUUCAAUUCCGGCUCCGAUUGUAGCAGCUCUAUAUUGCCUUUUCUUUGCAUAUGUCGGUUCAGCAGGUCUCAGUUUCCUUCAGUUUUGUAACUUAAACAGCUUCAGGACAAAGUUUAUACUUGGGUUCUCUGUUUUCAUGGGCUUAUCAAUACCACAGUACUUCAAUGAGUACACAGCUAUUAAUGGUUAUGGCCCUGUUCACACUGGAGCAAGAUGGUUCAACGACAUGAUAAAUGUGCCGUUUUCAUCGGAAGCUUUUGUUGCCGGGUUACUAGCAUUCUUUUUAGACACUACAUUGCACCACAAAGACAAUACAACGAAGAAAGACAGGGGUAUGCACUGGUGGGACAAGUUCCGGUCAUUCAAGACAGACACGCGAAGUGAAGAGUUCUAUUCUUUGCCUUUCAAUCUCAACAAGUUCUUCCCAUCUGUGUGAUCUAAGAACAAGUACUUUUGGAGUUGUUUGCUCAGGCUUUGCCCCCCAAAUAUCUUGUUGCAGGCAGUAUACUAUAACAUGGAUCUUCUGCGUAUUCUUUUUUUUGCCUGCUGUUGUCAGCUCUAAGAAAACAAGAACUUGGUGACAUAAAUGUAUUAUAAUCGUUUUCUAGUACAUCUCUUUUUACUCUUU